AUGCCUGUCUCCAUCAAGACUCGUUUAAAUAAUGUCCUCCAAAACAUACGUGACAAUGGAUUUUCAUUGUCGGACGUCGUGGAGGCAGUGAUCUCUAGCAAAGAUGUCAGUCACCAAGAUGUGCAGACAACACUCAAAGAAAACAGUACUCACUUCCUCACCUGGCUACUCACAUCAGAGGAUCCUCAUGGGUGCAACCUCCCGCGCGCUGUUGAUGCUGUUAUGAAAAUCUUGUGUGAUGAGGUGCUCGAGUUGUCGCAAGAGCAGAGUGGUCUUCACUUUGAAGAUCAAAAAAAUCACACCAAAUCUCUUUCAUCUCAUAUUUUCACUUCUCAAUGCGAACCCCACACGGCGCGACAUAUGAAUGAUGCUGAACUUGAUGAACUUGUCCGAGAACUCGACGAAGAAGGAGACGAGGAGCCAGAGCAAGAUUUAGGUGAUAUUGGGGGUGACGAUGAUGCCAUGGGCGAGGGUGACAGUGAGGAGCUUGAUGUGGAGAGAGAAAAGCUGCGCAAGCAUUGGCGCAAUGCUGGCAAACGGAAUGCAGCACUGGUGCUAAUUAAGUUGGUCAUUUGCGCAUGCAUCUUUGCACACAGCACGAACGAGCGAUGCAACAUGCUACAAAGUAUCCUGGGCAUCUUUGCCCAUUCAACAGGAACUCCAGCAAAGGUUAUUGACCUACUUGCUCAUGCCAGCCUUUCUGUGAGCAUCUCAUCUAUCGAAAAGGCAGUAGUGUCACUGUCAGUCGAAGCUGGUAUCCACAUUAAACAAUCCAUACACACCUUGCAAACGGCACUCGCAUAUGACAACUUUGAUAUCGACUUCAAAACCUCUCAGCCCACUGUUGAACAACAAUCAACAUUCAUCAGCUCAACCUCGGCAACAGCAAUUCCGUUGUUUGGUGUCAAUAAUUCCAUGCAGUUGCAGUGUGCAGCGGCAGUCCGGCUGUGUGAACAAAGUGGUGAUGUGAGCAGCUCCAUCGCGGCAGGAAAAUUCACACUCAAAGACCUACACAUCUUCCACAAGGAGGAUACCUUCACAAGAAGGCACAAGACCAGCGCCUGUCACCCGGCAUGCAGAACUUUGCCUGGCAUGUCUGAGAUAUUCUCAUCGGUCAUGGAGAUCACUUCGAUUUCCUAA